UAAUUUACUUAUGAUGGUUGUAUUUUUUGGAAAACCUACUUUAUGCUGUUUAAGUAGUCAAUAAUAUAUAAUUACUGAGUCCGUGUGGAAUACUUAUUUAUUUAAAACAACAAGGUUCAACAAAAAGCAUUUUAAAGAAGGAUUGCCUUGUCAUUUUUCUCCCCGCUAGCGAUAGGCAGUUGGAUUCCUCCGCUGCGUGUCUUGACGGAAGGAAGUGGCCACUGGUGAUUUGAAGUGGUACAGUAAAGGUGGCUUUUACUGCGUUUGAGUGUAUCUACGUAAAAAAAUGCCAGUACCUACUUUUGGAUUUAUUAUGUUUUGUGACAUCUGUCGAGAACACAUCGUGUCUUUUAAAUAGUUGGAUUUUGGAAACCGGAUAGUGGUGAUCCUCCCCCUUUUGCUGUAGCUGUGUCGUGUAUAGCUCUUUAAUUCUCAAGGCUUUGUUUUUGGUGUCUCGUUUGUGGCAACUCAACAGUUCGUGCCGGUAAUUUUUGUGGCAUUCAUUAGUCUGGGUUGUAAAAAGGUGAGGAGGCAAUCAACGUUUUGGUUUCUGUUUAUUGUUGAACUUCUGUGGAAGGAAUGUCUGAGGGGGAAGGGAAAACCUCAUCCGUGGCUGGAACGGGUUCUGAUCCCAAGCCAGAUUCUGUGUCUGUUGGCCCUGUGAUUACGUCAGUCUCUCCUCCUGUAACUGUUGCAGCAGCAGUGCCUUCAGCAACGCAAGAUGAGGAAGAGGAGGAAGAGAGUGAAGAUGAGUCCGAGAUUCUGGAAGAAAGCCCAUGCGGUCGCUGGCAAAAGAGAAGAGAAGAGGUAAAUCAACGCAAUGUCCCAGGAAUUGACAGUGCAUACUUGGCAAUGGAUACAGAAGAAGGAGUAGAGGUUGUGUGGAACGAAGUCCAGUUCUCAGAGCGCAAGAAUUUUAAGUUACAAGAAGAAAAAGUUAAAGCUGUUUUUGACAAUCUUAUCCAGCUUGAACAUCUGAACAUUGUGAAAUUCCACAAGUACUGGGCUGAUGUUAAAGAAAAUAAAGCUAGGGUUAUCUUUAUUACAGAAUAUAUGUCGUCUGGAAGCUUGAAACAGUUUUUAAAGAAAACUAAGAAGAACCAUAAAACAAUGAAUGAAAAGGCUUGGAAACGAUGGUGUACUCAGAUCCUUUCAGCACUCAGUUACCUCCAUUCCUGUGACCCCCCUAUCAUACAUGGAAAUCUGACUUGUGAUACCAUCUUUAUUCAGCACAAUGGACUGAUUAAAAUAGGAUCUGUCUUUCAUAGGAUUUUUGCUAAUGUUGCGCCUGAUACCAUCAACAACCAUGUGAAGACUUGUCGAGAAGAACAGAAGAAUUUACAUUUUUUUGCUCCUGAAUAUGGAGCCGUAACAGAUGUCACAACAGCUGUUGAUAUUUAUUCAUUUGGAAUGUGUGCUUUAGAGAUGGCUGUAUUGGAGAUUCAAGGCAAUGGAGAAUCCUCUUAUGUGUCUCAGGAAGCAAUUAAUAAUGCCAUUCUUUUACUUGAUGACCCUUUACAAAGAGAGUUUAUUCAGAAAUGCUUAGAAGUUAAUCCUUUAAAGCGACCCACAGCUCGAGAACUACUUUUCCACCCAGCACUUUUUGAGGUGCCAUCAUUGAAAUUAUUAGCAGCCCACUGCAUUGUUAGCCAUCAACAUGUAAUUCCAGAAAAUGCUUUGGAAGAAAUGACCAAAAACAUGGACAUGAAUGCAGUCUUAGCAGAAAUAAAUCAUCCUGACCGGGAAGGAGUGCAGUUGAUAUUUUCACAAUUCCCAGCAUUGGAACUGGACAAAUUUCUAGAAGACGUGAGGAAUGGAAUUUACCCGCUCACAGCUUUUGGGAUUCCUAGGCAACAACAGCCCCAGGAAGAGACAGUGAAGUCUCCUAUUAUUCCGCCAUCUGUGAAAACUCCAACCCCAGAACCAGCAGAAGUAGAAACAAGAAAGGUGGUACAGAUGCAAUGCAAUAUAGAGCAAAUUGACGAAGGAACAAAACAUCAUCUAACACUGUUGCUGAAACUGGAAGACAAGUUGAACAGACACCUCAGUUGUGACUUAUUGCCUAAUGAAAGUGUUCAGGAACUGGCUGCAGAGCUUGUUCAACUAGGAUUUAUCAGUGAGGCUGACCAAAGCAGACUGACUUGUUUACUUGAAGACGCAUUCAGCAAAUUCAACUGUGGAAGAAACUUGCCUCUAAAUGCUGUGACAGUGUCAUCAUAGCAAUCUGCAUAGCUUUUCACUGUUUUAUUUGUUGCCAUCCUGUUGUGGAACUGUAUGCUGUUGACAGAAGGCAUCUUUACCAUUCAGUGAUGCUAUGCUUAAAGAAUAAUAUGCAUUCUCUGUGUGCAUGUGGCGUAGCUGGUUAAUGCAGCAAAUGCCUAUUUCCUUAUAGCAGGCAAUCUAUAUAAGUUUGCUUUUGUUUUCCUUAAAAAAAAACAGUAUUAUUUUCAUUUACAUUGUGUUUUAGCAAGUUUUACAUUUCUUUACUAAAUUUAGUGGAGUUAUCUUCCUAAAAAAAAAAAAAAAAAAAAGAUGAGGACCUGUAUUGCUUUAUCCAUUCCAGAGGUGGUGUGGCAUUUUAAUUUUUUUUUUUUUUUUGUUACAAUGAUGAAAAAAAUAGGAGUCUGAGGUUGUGAAAGCGUACUGCUGGAAGGAGGCAAUGAUGUGAAAUGUUUCAGAACACUGUACUUACUUUUAUUUCUUCAAUUUUGCCAAGAAUAUAAGCAUGUGCUUUUUUUGUUUCACAAAUUUUUCUAGAUGUUAUUUUUCUUUUGUGAUACAUGUUUCUUUAUACACAUAUUUAAAAUGGGAUUUGAUUAUACGUUUUAUGAUUUAGAGGUAGACAGCAAUUAUUUGUUCACAUGGUUUGAAAGUGUUUCACUUGAGUAAGGCUCCAGCUAAUUUUUGUGUGUGUGUCUCAUCUUUUAUUUAUUUUUAUUAUGUUUAGAACGGGAUCCGUUUCAUUAAAAACAUAGCAUUUUGAAACAGUUUUAAGCAGACAGAAAAGUCUGGGAUGGUUUAUUUUCAUUGCUUGGGGAUGUACCAGAAUCUUCAAGGCUGUUUAAUUAUGCACUGGGUAGGUGUGCACUGCAGCAUUGGAGAUCCAAGAUUUGUUCCUAAAAUCCUGUAAUAGAGGUAAAAACACUCCAGUUUUUGUAAGAGAUCUUUGGCUGAUAUGUGAGUAGCCAUAGGAAUGGAAGGAAGUGUUUUUGCAGUCCAUCAUUGUCAUAAAAAUGGCAAAGGAUGAACAAGUAUUUGACAAGUCUGAGCAAAGUAUUGCAUGGAGCAGAAGCACAUUAAAAAUUAGCAGGGGCCUUUUUCUGAUUUACUGUUUAGAAGUAUGUUUAUAGUUUGGGGAAGCUAGGUGUCACUAGGAGCGACUUUAUUUACUUAGUUAUUUUGACUGUGAUUAUAAUUCUGCACUUUUGUUUUGCACAGUAAUGCAUCUGUACCACAAUGUGGUUGUCACCUGCACUGGUGACUGGGAAGAGGGGCAGAUAACCAGUUACAUAGUACAAAUUGAUUUUGCAUAGGUGGCAGACUGAUGUAUUGAAGUUUGAGUAUCCACAAUUUUCAGCCCUGUUCACCUUUACAUCAUUAUGACACCUCCAGCCUUCUUUUCUGAUUUGCUGUUGGUAAAUCUAGAACAUUUUUUUAACUUCAAGUGUUUCUGAAAUUAAAUGGAAUACUUCUUGCAGGCCAGCAUAAUAACAGUAAAGCUACCUUCAGCCCAGAUCAUUGAUCUGGAGUGGAAAUUUGUGAAUGAUUUGAGCAGACUUGAUGACCAGAGUGAUGUCACAGCUGUUAGCUGUGCUUCUCCCCCAUCACCUUUCCUGGAAACAGUGGUUUCUUAACUAUGCAACUUGAUUAUCACAAGGAGAAGAAUUUUUAUUGCUUUGUCUUUGUACCUGCUAUUCAGUCACCAUCACAGAACACUAGACUUCCUAAUUCCCCAGCCUUUCAGGACUUUUCUUUUUGUUAGUGAAGGUUGUUUGUCUGUUAAACAUCCCAUGCAGGGACUUGCUGUACACAGCCUUCCAGCUGUACCCUGGUCUGGUAGUUGGUGUGAUUGGCCAAGGCUGGCUAUAUCAUAUCCACAUUCUCUUUUUUUCGGUCUAAGGAGUCAUGAAUUUGGUAACUUUUGUUUGAAUUAUUGCUCACUUGAACUUCUUUCUUAGCCUGAAAGUCUGUCUGUGAGCCAUACUUAUAGCUUGAGCUGGGGGAAUGUCUGCAUACCAGCCAGGAAAUUUCCAAGUCCACCCACUGAGAGAGAUGUAAACAUGCUGGAGUAUACUUUGGCAAUCCUUAUACAGCAGACCUUGUUGAAGUGACAUCUGGGAUUGCAAGUAGAUCAUUAUAUCAGCUGAGCCUUUUGCCUUUGUGAUAGUGGCAGGCCAGCCUUUCAUUUGACUCCUUGUUGGCUAGAAUACUCUGGGAGUAGUAUGUUAAUGAGGAAGUUGCAGCAUUCUUACAGAUUAUGCAUUUCCACAUCGAAAAGGACAUGCCUAAAGAAGCUGCUUAUGCAUUUUGUUACCACCACUGCCAAUUGUGUAGCGAUUCUUGCUUUUUGUUUGGUAGGUGCAUUAUAUUGGCUUCACUGCAAGGGACAUUGACAGAAACAGAGGCUUGUAUGGCAGAGCAGGAACUCUGCAGAUAGCCACCCAUCUGAUUUGUAGCAGAAAAAAAGUUGUUCUUGGCAAUUAUUUCUCAUUGUGUCCAUUGUUAGUUUUAUCAGUAUGAGGGGUUUUAUGUUUUUAGAGAUAAGUGAUUUUGGUUUAUUUUCUAUGGGGAUUUACUGGCACUUAACAGUAAGACUGUUUUACACUUGAUAGUUCAGAAAAUGUUCUACUUUGUUGUGCCAUCACUGUGGAGGAAGAAACAUGCUGGAACUCUUGAUCACCAUAUCCCUGUCAGCUGUGCUUCCCUUUAUAAAAAUAUUCUGGUUUCAUCUGCAAAAGCAAGUUUCACUUGACAUUUCAUUUAUGAGUUUACAUUUGUACACACCUAUAAACCUGUAUUGCUUAACUGCUAUAGAAGCCAUAGCAAAAGAAGCAGAAACUGAUCUUGUGGCUGUAGUACCAUUUUGAAUGAAUACGCAGCGGUCAAGAAAUUACUUCAUAUUAAUUGCAAAUGGUACUGUAAGAUAAGAUCAGUACUUUUAUCACUUCAUUUUUUCUUAAAGAAAUGAGAGAUUUGUGGCCAUAAAACAUUUCCCCCCUUUUUUUUCACUUAUGCAACUUUCAUGCAUCUUUUGUACUGUUUACAAACAUGUAGCAUAUUGUUUCAAUGUAUUAGUGAAGUGCUGUGCCCUUCGUCAUUUUAGAGAGGCAGAUGUUAGUGUAAGUGGAGAAUGUCAACAGAUGCAUUAUCUCCCAGUGCAAGGUUCUGGUUUUUUGUUUUUUUUUUAAGAUGUUUAUCAAAGUGUUAUGACUUGUAUGAACACUCAUUUUAGAAUAGGGUGUUUGUUUUAUUGACAUCUGUUUGGAAGCCUUCUUACUUGUACACUCUAUUCAAGCUGUGAUAGACCUUAGUGUGGUUAUCAGGUUACUGGCAGUUAAACUCCCUACUCAAAAACUGCUAAUUUUUUUUUUUUUUUAGUGCAGUUGCAUUUUAUUUUGAAGUAAAAAAGACUCCCAUAAUGCAGUUUAAGAAACACACAGCAUAUUUUGUUUAACUGAUGGGAGCUAAUUAGUGUCUGUCCAUUAAGACUGGAAAGGGUAAGUGUUGAACAGUAUGGGAAUUAAGGAUGUGAAAAGUGUAUAAAGUGAGUGAGUAGCCCUGCUAAUUUCAGAUGUGGAAUGCCUAAUAUUUGGAGCAUAUCUGUUUGUGUAAGCAUCCUAGUGAAUGAUGGGAUUAGGAAGAAGACAAAACAGAAGCCAUGAUGUUACAGAGAAGGAAAUACGAAUCCAGAAAAGAAGGGUGUUUAAUGUUUAUAUUUACAGUGCACUGCUGACUUUAAGCUUCUUUAUGUGGCAGUGUGAUCCUGACUCUUGUUUUGAAGCCAACCCCAUUUAUCUACUCUUUCCCCUCUGGAUGCUGCUAAAGCUUUUGCAGUAGGUGCAAGGGCUGCACUGUGGAUGACGACCAGGAAAGGGGGGAGGUGUCUGAAUGUCUUAACAGGAACUAAGCUAGCAGUAUCGAGUAUACUUCACAUGUGCUGUGCUCUCUGGAGAAAAGGAAACUUUACCUGAGUGAUUCAGGACUGCAAAGAAUGUUGCCCUCUGACUAGCUCUCUUGAAUCUGUCACUGCACUGGUCUUCUUACCAAAGAAUAUCACGUGGUUUUGUUUGUAAAGUAGUACCACACCUGCUUGUCCAUGUUAACAUUUGGGUGUUGGUGGUGGGAAUCAAUCAACAUAUUAAACUUCCAGUAGUUACAAUAGUACAUAUUAGGAGAAUGCUGCAGCUUUAAACAGUUAAUUACCUAUUGACUUUGCACAAUCCGAGCUGUCUUGCUAGCGUUUGUAAUAUUGGGUUUCCCUUGUUUAAGUGCACAGUAUGUAUAUAAGCAUAUGUAUUUUUUUGUCCCGAGUCAGAAGCACUUGUUAAAUUCUGUGUGUUACUUCACUUGGGGGUAUUGUACAACUGCAACUGAAAUAUACUAAGGUGAAUUUUCCUCCUCCUCCUCUCUGUUGUGUGACAAGUAUAGUGGUUCUUCAUAAAAAGAAUGUUUUUGAUUGAUAAGUUAUAGCUGAAGUCAUAUCUCAGGAGUCUUUAAAGAUGCUGUUUACUUCACAAAGCAAGAUGUUUUGAAAGAAAAUAGGCUUUCAAAUGCUGCAAGUGUCUGAAAUUACCCAGUUUUUAUAAUGGGAUGUCGUGUAUAUAAACACACAAUUCUAUACAUAUGCAGCUGUAUGACUUGAAGCUUUGUUUUUUAUUUAUCCCAUUGUUCAAUAAAUGUAUUCUGUGUUUACUGAAUAUGCCAAAAGUAAUUAGCAUUCUUAAGGCUUUAAAACAUGAAAACAUUAAAGCAAAUUGCCUAGCACUUUAAGUAAAUAUUGACCUCUUACAGAUGAACUUUUCAUGCUGAACUAUGUUUAAAUGUCUUUAUUACAACUUUCAUGUGUAGGGUCUUGGUAACAUCUUUUGAAAACUUUACUUUUGAAGUGAAUGAUACGGGACAGAAAUAUUUUCUUUGUGUAGAUGUGCAGUCGUAUGCUAAAAGUUGUUCCAUGGAAUGGCUUGCAUUGGAUGGAAUAUAAUUGCCUUCACCCUAGACAUGCAAGUAAAAGUGCAUGGAUUAGAGAGCAAGUUGUAAACAAAUGUGGGUGCAUGUGGUAGCAGUCUGCCAUAGUACAGAUUUUACAUGUAUUGUGGUGGCUGCUUAGGUAAAAUCUUCACAAAGCAUUUGCCUUGUGGAAUUCCUUUGCAGCCCAAGAUUUCCAUCUUUGUGGAAAAAUUUUGCUUGUGAAUGUUUCACCUCAUUAUUAGUAGUGAUUCAGCUAGUAAUCUUGUGUUAUGCAUGUACUAGAUAUGUCAGUGCAUAUAGUUUUACACUUUGGCUUCUGCAACCUUAGUGGAUGAGAGAUAUUCGAUUCACUGUACCCUCUAUUUCAUAAUGGUGGUGCUUGAUCUAUUACUUAAUGCUCAGUAGCAAAGGAAAACUUUAUUUUUGUCCCAUAUCCAUAUUGAGUGUUUUUGGCUUUCCGAAGUGUCUGAACACUUCAAUUUCAGUGGAAAUAGCUGUCCCUUGUCUCUCUUCCUUCAUUGUAAGCUUGUUACCGGAUAGUGGCAUGCCUUUACAUAUAGUAUGCUGAGUCCAGUAGGAUGCCUACCACUUUACUGUAAGAAAGAAGUGUAAACAUAAUUUUGUAGCUAUAGUUCAUUCAAGGCAUCAGGCAUUUAAUUAGAACUCAACUCCAAAUAUACCUUGUUAGUGGUUCUUUAAAUGUUGAUAAAAUCAGUCCUUUGUUAUGACCUUUGCUGAAAAAAGAACAUUCCUGGAAACUGCAACUUCAUUUUUGUAGCAGUUAAUAUUACAUCAUCUAAAUCUUGUGAUUAAUUAAGGUCAUCUAAUUUUUCAAGAGUGGUGCUUGUGAAAGUAAAAAAAUAAUUUUCCAGCAAAUAUUUAACUUUUUUUUUAAAUAUUUAUUUUGGCCUUUCAUAAUCAUCACAGUAUGUGAAACAAGUGCUUUUCUGACUGGAAAUGUAUAGUAUGAAUGGGGUAUUUAGACAAAAACAUUGAUUUAGCAACAAGUAAAGAAACAGUAGAGAAGCCAAAAUGUUUCAGUAUAUUUAAACACUAUCAAGUGUAUGGAGUUCAAAAUGAAUGUAAAUUAUGCUCACUUGUGUUUUCUCAUUUUGAAGUGAUGCUGUUAUUUUGAGAUUAUUUAAAUAUGCCAUUUCAUCUGCUGAGUGUUGGACAAGCUGUCUAUUUCCAACCUGUGCUUGUCUGGCUUUUUAUCUGGUUUGGAAGUAUUUGUCAUCUCAUGAUUAUUGUUGGUUUUCAGGUGACAACUGCAAUGUCUUCUUUGAGGUUGGACCAUUUGGUAACGUUUUAAUUUUAUGUUGUGCAUAUUUAUAGCUUGUUCCUUAAACUUAUUGUUUGUGAUCAUUUCAGCAAGCUGUAUAAUGGCUGGACUGCCUUUUAUUCUUCAUAAUGUUUCAGGCAGACCCCAUUAAAAUUUGAAGCAGAGUUCACAUGCAGAUAAAUCUUAAUUUGUGUAUUGUAAAAUAUAAUUAAUGUAGCGGUGACAGUUAUCUUUCAAGAGUCUGCAAGAAUAUGCUCAGUUGCUGUUAUCUGUAAAGAUUCUUUAUGUGAGAGCCACUUUUUGCUCCUGUUAUCCACCAUCCCUGCCUAUGGUGUAGCCUAUAGCUAGACUUCAUUGUGAAACAUUUAAAAUGUAGUAUUUCCAAAAAGCCUGUGUUGCUGCUGUAUUAAAGAUAUACUUUUUGCUAA